AUGGUUUACAAAGAUAAUAUGAUUCAUUUUAUGUCAGGAGGUCUUGGAUCUGGAGUUGGAUUAUUAGUUACAUAUCCAUUAGAUUUAAUUAGAAUACGCCUUCAAUCUCAAAUUGGUAUUAAAGGUGAAUCAUAUCAUAGUAAUAAGUUAAAUAAUAAUAUUAUUAUAAAUAAUGUAUUAAGAAAUAAUAUUGGUAAAAUACCUAUUACAACAGCUUCCUUUCAUGUACCAAUAGUUUCAAAUAUCUAUAAACAACUUGCUGAUCUUCAUUUAAUUAGAAAUGUUAAAGAAAUAAUUAUUAAUGAAGGUGUUCGGGGAUUAUAUAAAGGUCUUGGUGCUAGUGUAGUUGCCUUCAUACCAACAAAAGCAUUAUACUUUUUUUGUUAUAAUGCUGCAAAAUGUGAAUUAAAUAAAGAAGAAUACUUUACACAAAAUACUGCACCCGUUCAUAUGUUUGCGGCUGGCUUUGCCGGUUUGUCUGUAUGUUUAACGUUUAACCCUAUACAUGUAAUAAAAACACGACUUCAAUUAAAUAGUGGUAAUAUGAAUAGGUAUGGAAGCUUCUGCUUAUGGAGUUUCUGA